UCUUACUUCUCUUUACUAACAGAAAAAAAGAUAGAGACGAUGACAAUUCCACUCUCUCUUUCAUUGCUUUUGUGCCUCCUGAUUGUUCCAACCUUCAUUUCCUCUUCUCCGGUUCAGGAUCCUGAACUUGUAGUAGAAGAAGUACACAAGAGCAUCAAUGCCUCUAGGAGGAAGCUAGGCUUUCUCUCUUGUGGAACUGGCAAUCCGAUCGACGACUGCUGGCGGUGUGACCCCAACUGGGAAAAGAACCGCCAGCGGCUAGCCGAUUGCGCAAUUGGGUUUGGCAAGCAUGCCAUUGGCGGCAGGGAUGGUAAAAUAUAUGUUGUUACAGACGUAGGUGACUAUGACCCUGUGAACCCCAAACCAGGUACUCUUAGGCAUGCUGUUAUUCAAGAAGAGCCUUUAUGGAUCAUUUUUGCAAGUGACAUGGUGAUCAGAUUGAAGGAAGAGCUGAUCAUGAAUUCCUUCAAGACCAUCGACGGUCGAGGUGCUAGCGUGCACAUUGCAGGGGGUCCAUGCAUUACUAUACAGUACGUGACUAAUAUUAUAAUUCAUGGCCUGAAUAUACACGAUUGUAAGCAAGGUGGAAAUGCGCAUGUGCGGGAUUCUCCAAGCCAUUAUGGGUGGAGGACUAUAUCGGACGGUGAUGGGGUGUCAAUUUUUGGAGGAAGCCAUGUUUGGGUGGAUCAUUGCUCUCUGUCUAAUUGUAAUGACGGCUUGAUUGAUGCUAUUCAUGGAUCCACGGCUAUUACAAUCUCUAACAAUUACAUGACCCACCAUAACAAGGUCAUGCUCUUGGGCCACAGUGAUACCUAUACUCAGGACAAGAACAUGCAAGUCACCAUUGCAUUUAAUCAUUUUGGAGAGGGGCUUGUUCAAAGAAUGCCAAGAUGUCGACAUGGGUAUUUUCAUGUAGUGAACAAUGACUACACCCAUUGGGAAAUGUAUGCGCUUGGCGGCAGUGCUUCUCCUACAAUUAACAGCCAAGGCAAUAGAUUUCUUGCUCCUGAUAACAUAGACAGCAAAGAGAUCACUAAGCAUGAGGAUGCGCCACAGAGUGACUGGAAGAACUGGAAUUGGAGGUCAGAAGGAGACUUGAUGUUAAAUGGAGCUUUCUUCACACCGUCUGGGGGCGCAACGUCUUCCAGUUACGCCAAGGCAUCAAGUUUAGGAGCCAGACCAUCUAAUCUAGUAAGUUCACUCACAUCCGGAGCUGGUUCACUUAAUUGCAGGAAGGGCAAGCGGUGCUAGUUGGGAACCCAAACCUGGACUUGUA